AUGAAUUUCCUAUGGACGACGAUUUUGGUAUCGUUCUUCACGCUCAUACUAUGGCUUCUUCCAAAAUUGUUUACUGCCCGGAAUUUCUUCACCAAGUUAAGAGCCCGGGGCUUGCCAAUGCCACCCCAUAAUUUUCUAGCUGGUCAUCUCAUCGAGCUAUCCAAUGCGAUGAAAGGUUUCCCAACAGAUGCUCUCAAAGUAUAUUUCUUCGCCACGCUCUCUCGUCAAUACUCUCGCAAUGGCGCCUUCUACCUCGAUCUCUAUCCUUUCGCUGCCCCAUUUCUAGUCAUCACUUCUCCGUUCCUCGCAAAUCAGGUUGUUCAAUCUACUCCGGUAGCAUGUCGCAAGCCUGAUGCUCUCAGAACAUGGUUUUGGAGUAUCACGGGUGGAAUUAGUUUGUUUGAUGCCGAGUACGAUGAGUGGAAGGAUUUGAGGGGUUUGUUUGCUAGAGGAUUUAGCAAUAAAUAUUUGAUGGGUCUGGUACCUGGUAUUGUAGAUGAGGUCGGAACCUAUACGUUGGAGUUGAGAGAGAAGGCGAGAAGUGGGGAGAUGAUUGAAUUGGAUGGAAUAAAUUUGAGGUUUAUGAUUGAUUUGAUUGGGAAUACGGCUUUGAAUGCAAAACUAAACGCACAGAAAGGAUACAAUCCUCUUGCAGAUGCUAUGUUGAAUCAAAUCAAAAGCAAACUCGCAAAUCAAGAAGUAAAUAUGCUUCAAUGGCUCAAUUUUGUGCGUCCUAUUAAAGAGUGGCUCAAUGGUCGAAAAAUGGAUGCAUAUAUCAAUGAAGAGCUGGACAAGCGUUUCGAGACUUAUAAACUAUCUAAGAACUCCGAAGCAAAUGGACAUCCAAAUGAGAAAUCAGAAACUUUUCAAUCAAUUAUUGAUUUGGUUAUUGAAGAUUACAUGUCAGAUCCAGCUCAACGCAAUACAACCAAGCUCGAUGAAAAAUUCCGCACCAUCGCCACCCGCAAUGUCCGACUUCUUCUUUUCGCCGGCCAUGAUUCAACUGGUAGUGCCAUAUCCUGGUGUUACUAUCUUCUCUCUAAGAAUCCAUCCACUCUUGACAAACUAAUUCAAGAACACGAUUCAGUAUUUGGAACUGAUAUCACAACUCUUCCUGAACUCAUCAAAGAGAAUUCAACCCUGCUAAACCAAUUACCAUAUACAACCGCCGUCAUUAAAGAAACUCUUCGUUUGUUCCCACCCGCUUCAAGUAUUAGACAGGGAAUGAAAGGUGUAGAUUUGGUUGAUGAAGAAGGGAAUACAUAUCCGACGGAAAAUUGCAUGGUAUAUAUGCUCCACCUGCCAAUCCAACAUGAUGCAAAAUAUUGGGUUCAUCCGAAAGAAUUCCUACCGGAAAGAUGGCUUGCGCAACCAGGAGAUGAAUUGUAUUGUGAUGUCAAAGGGGCGUGGAGACCUUUUGAGUUGGGACCAAGGAAUUGUAUCGGUCAGGCUAUGGUGAUGAUGGAGUUGAAGAUUAUUUUGGCCAUGGUGGUCAGGGAGUUGGAUGUACAAGAUGCGUAUGGAGAGUGGGAUGAGAAAUUUGGGAGGCAGAAGGGUGUGAAGGAAGUUGAUGGGGAGAGACCAUAUCAGGUUGGAUGGUGGGGCUGCUCAUCCAGCUGA